AUGUUGGCUACGUACAUCUCGAGAGCAACGCUCGUCCCAGUUUUCAAACCUCAUGCAACCAUCUUCCUUAGAGCAAGAUGGUACAGUACUCCUUCGGAACUUCCACUACCCAAUAAGUCGAAGGUGUGGGAGUCUGUUGACGAAGCAGUUAAGGAUGUAAAGUCAGGAGAUGUCGUUCUGUGUGGUGGUUUUGGUUUGGCUGGUGUGCCAGGCGCGCUUCUUGCCGCCUUAGCCAAGUGCAGGGAUGUUGCAAAGCUAACAGAAGUUCCCAAUAAUGCUGGCGCAGGCGACUCUGGACUUGGGCGAGGUGUCUUUGGAGCUAUGCCCCCAAGGUACAUUGUUGAACGUCUCCGCGCCCAUGCCGCUGGUAUCCCAGCCUUCUUCACCCCUACGGAAGCAUCAACAGCAGUAGAAGACGGUUCUAUCCCAACAUGCUACAACGAAGGAGGAUUUUCCACUUUGACACCCGAGAAAGAACACGCCCAGAAAAUGUGUCAUCGUAUUGCAAAGCAGGCUGCCAAAGAGCUCAAAGAUGGAUACUACAUAAAUCUCAGUAUUGGUAUGCCCACUCUCGUUCCUGGAUACCUUGAGCCCGGUGCGAGUGUUCAGCUGCAAAGCGAAAACGGCAUCCUCGGCAUGGGGCCAUACCCUAGUACAAAAGAGGAGGUGGAUCUGGAUCUCACCAACGCGGGUAAGGAGACUGUGACCUUACUUCCCGGUGCCUCAAUCUUUGACUUGAGUGAAUCAUUCGCUAUGAUUCGCGGUGGUCACAUCGAUGUUUCCAUUCUCGGUGCUAUGGAAGUAUCGCAGGCAGGUGAUAUUGCCAACUUUAUGAUUCCCGGGAAAUUGGUUAAUACCAAAGACUCCGUUUUUAACCUCAAAUUGUGUUGUUGUCAUGUCUCUGCUUCGAUCGCUUGCUCGCCGGGCGUAGGUUUGCUUUUCUCUGAAGUUUUCACGGCCUCUUACGACGGUCGCUCGCUCACCAGUGUCACCACCGAUAUCAAAUUGCUGUGCGGCGCGCCGUCGGUCGGGAAGAUGAGACUCCUGUUCGCAAUUUUUGUUCUCUCUCUCUGUCUGGCGUUUGAGGUGAGAUUUGAGGUUGCAGUAGGCUUUAGUUCUUCGUCUGAUCUAGCUAACUGCAUUCAACUUGCAUCCUCAUCAUGGGCAAGACCUGAAGCAUCGCUCGAGCCUCGUGAUAAGACCAAUCAUCUUGGUAUGGAUGAGUUGUUCAAGCUAUACAACGACGAGAUAUAUAAUAGACGCAAUACAGUGAUCCGUGCACGCACUGGAAGCAUGGAUAGCUCUGCUUCUAUCCACUCCCUGCACACCGUCUGGGAAGGCGGUGAACCUCGAGAUAUGGGCCGUUCAUAUUCUCACUCCAGUGAAUAA